UUGGUACCGUACUACCAAACAUCAGAUGAUGUUUUGUGUUCAAUUUAAUAUUUAGUCAAUAAUUAAUGACAUAACAUUACAAUUUAAUGACACAUAUUUAAGAAUUUAAGUGUUAAAACUAAGUGGAAUUUUAAGUGGGAAAAUGACUGCCAGUGGAACAGGACCUGUUUUCUUCUUAGGAUCACGAGCGCAUUACCAAGUGUUGGAGCAGCCGACGUCCGGCGACGUGGAGAACGGCAACGCGUCCACCGAGACCAUCUACACCGCGUCCGUGGAGCAGCUAUGGCCGAGCGUCCACGCGGACGCGCAUGUGGACGACAACUGCAACGGGGAGCUCGCGUGGAAUUACAACGACCAGAAUGAUACUGCAGUGAUAUACGAGCGCACGAAGCCGGUGGGCUGUGUGAAGCGGCGCAGCAAACGGAGCUCGUCGGAAGCAUUGCUGUGCGAAGACGAGAAGCCCGCUCUAUUGAACAGAGACUUUGACAAAGGUGAUGAAAAAUCGAAACCGUCCCAACGUCCGUCCAUCCUAACAUUCCUGUCGUCGCUCGCUCGCCGCAAGCGACGCCUGGAGACUACGCAGGUGUACCUGCAACACCUGGACUCCGUGCUCAACACCUGCAGCUACAGAGAGUCCUGCAGGUGUCUAGACUGUCAGAGUCGUUACUUCGAAUGUGCAGAGGAGAGUGACGAGUACAGCUCUGAUGAAGACUUCACUCCUUACAGCCAAGAUGUCGACAGCUACGGACUGCCACAGUUGGAAGAUGAUGAUGAUGAGGUAUUCAUAGAUCCAAAAUCGGACAACACGUCGACCGAUUUACUUCUAGAAGAUUCCUCGCGCGAAGAAGAGCGCACUGCUUCUGAGGCUCAGGACGAAAUAGAAACGGACAAGCAGUUGCAGAUGGAAGUAGCUGCCAGUACUUCUGCCAUGUUCAACUUACUUCUGUACCAUCCCUUCUCGUGUUCCAUUCAGUAAACAUUACCUACUCCAUAUACUUCUAUAUAAUCCAAAUCAGGGUUGCCACCUUUAGGGAAAAUAUCGGGACGAUUGGGCAUACGUCAGAGACGUUCGGAGUUUGGUCCAAUCAAAAUAAGACCCAUGCGAGACAGUCUAAGGAAAAUGAAAUUUUAUUGUGUUUUUAUUUUGUAUAAUUAAUUAUUAAUUUUUAUUUUAAAUAAUUCAACAUCAUUUUUGUAUUUAUUUACGAAGUCUGAACAAGACAUAAUUAUUGCGUAUAUUCAAAAAAAUUUGCUAUUAUGCUUUUAUCAAAUCUACCGAGCGAAGACGAAUGCGAUACAUGCGUUGCGCGGUAUUGUGAAUGAAUUAAUUGAGCCUAUCGCAUAUUGAAAAAUAUCGGGACAAAAUCGAUAGACCGUCGGGACGCGGGACCACGUCUUCAAAUGGGGACUGUCCCAGCAAAAGACGGGUGGCAACUCUGAUCCAAAUACUUCUAUAGAAUCCGAAUACUUCUAUACUACUAGACCGGCUUUAACUAAUAAAACUUCUAUAUUAAAUAGACGUCCGCGUCGUGACGUGGUAAUGGGUCCAAGCCCUUACAAUGUCAUGGUUUUUCGACGUCAAUUUGUUAUCUCCAAGUUUGCCUACUUCAUACAGUACCUAAAAUAUAGCAUUUAAUUACAAAUAAUAUUUAAGAUGGCAAUUUUUAGGAUGUAAGGUGCAGCGUUAAUAAUCGAAAUGCAAUGUUUGCUAAUUCCACCUAUUGGUGCAGGUUCGUUAGAAAAAAAUAAUAAUAAACAGAACAGGGCCGGCUUAAGCCAUGCACGAUCUCUUGGGCAUGCAAUAUGGGCCCUUUUAGAAAAAAUAAGUAAAAAAAAAAUUACAUACAACUCAGUUUACAAUGUUCCUUGUUACGGAAUAUAUUAAUAGGGGCCCACAUCAAGGCAAGAGCCCAAUGUGCCCUUACAUUUAAGAUGUGUUAAUGGGUGUUAAUAGGGGGACCCAUUGGCAUUUUUAAGCAAUAAUUUAUCCCCUACAUUAAGUUAAUAUAUGCCUUAUAUUCGUUAUCAAUAGCCUAUCUAUCUUCUUUGUACCUGUUGCAAUGUGCGUUUUUAAUUAAUUACUUAUGGGUUAGGGUCCGAUUAAUUUAACCUGGCUGAUGAUGGCUGAAUGUCACUAGUAAUUUAGUUAUUGAGGACGUUUUGUCGGUUGAGUCCAUGUGUUCCUCUCAAAUAGGGUGACAUAAACGAUACGUACUAGUAUAAAAUCUUUGGGUGACAAUGUUUAUUUACCUAAAUGAAUGAAAUCAACUAGUAUUCGUGGUAAAAUUCGUCAAUUGAUGACAAUCAAGUCUUUAUAAUUAUGAUAUUGAGAAUUUGAAUAACACCUUGCUAUUGCUUUCACUGGCCAACGAAUAUCUUUAAACAGAGAUAGAUAGAUUAUUGAGAACUUUGAUUAGUGAUAUUGAUAACAUGUUUGCUUGCGUGUUAACUUUGAAACACCAAGUAACUUUUAAAAUAAAUAUAUAAGUAGUAGGUAGAUUAAAACCGAAGUAGUAGGUUGAAAACCGUCUAAAACUCACGUGAUUUUGUCGGAAUAUAUUUGUAUUACAUCACGUUGCAACAAGUUCAUGAUUAAGGAAUCCGGGUCGAUGCGUUACGUGAGUUUAGUCGUUUUUCUAUUUUUGAAUAUUAAGGUAUAUAUAUAUUUCACGCACAAUACGAAUUCACGCUUAUUAUGAAUAUUAUCAUCAGGCUUUGAAAAUAUAUUAUGCUAAUUAUUUAGGUAUAUAAAAUAAAUAAACUCUUAAAUACUUAUUUACAUAUGAGAUACAAUUUUCAUUAUAUCUAAAGAAUAUACAGUAAGAGCCAUGGCCAGACUUUCAUAUUUUAUGUAAGUUGUGCGACACAAUGCUGACAUUUAGUUUUAGUGGCAAACACACAAAACAGAUAUAUAAUAUAGGUACCUACCUAAUACACUUUGUAAGAUUCCGAACUAGUGGCGUAGUGGUGUAGGUUCGCCUUUCAGGAACGUUUUUUAUUUUUAAAAUCACGGCGUUUGUCCCCGUUCGUAUGCCGGGGGUUAUUGCCCCCCUGGCUACGCCACUGUUCGGAACAGUAAGAUAUUAAUUUAUAUUGAUAUUAAUUAAAGUAUAUGGCGACAGAAGACAUGACAGCUCAUAUUAUUCCUAUGAUAAUAAUAUUAUAAAAAAAAUUUACCGGUUACCUUCCAGUCACCAUGAUAAAUACUCCUACCGUAAUAAGUAGAGAACACAAGCUGACUUUUAGCUUAUAAAAAAUAACGAAGGUCUAACCAUCACUGGCUUAAAUUACUCGUAAUUAAAUGUUAUUACCUCAUUCAUCAGAAAAUAUAUGGUUAUUUACUAAUUAAAGAAAUGGGACUACGUUUUAGAUUAUUUUCCAAUGUUGUCAUUUUAAAAUAAAAGUUAUUUAUGUUACCUAUUAUAGAUAACGAGUUGUAUUUGAGUAAAUAUAAGCAUUUUGAGCUUGCAAUAUGAACUGUUAAAACUAAUUGAUAAGUGACCUAAAAUAAAUACGGGUCCAAAAUUACAA